CAUGCCCUCUCUAUGACGGUUGCUUGUUAAGCUAACGCUGCAUGCCAGAAGACUGUCCUUGGUUGAUCCAAGGGCUUUUGGGGACUCCGGCCUCUCCCCAGUUUUUCUGUGUGUGUGUGUUCCUCUAGAACUUUCAAAACUGUUUCUCCAAAGGGUUUUGCAGAAACUCAGACUGUUUUCUAAAGCAGAAGCACCUCAGUCCACAGCAGUAGUGAUGGGCAGCGUGCGAACCAACCGCUACAGCAUCGUGUCUUCGGAAGAGGACGGCAUGAAGCUGGCAACCAUGGCUGUUGCCAACGGAUUUGGGAAUGGAAAGAGUAAGGUACAUACCAGACAGCAGUGCAGGAGCCGCUUUGUCAAAAAAGAUGGCCACUGCAACGUCCAGUUUAUUAACGUGGGUGAGAAGGGACAGCGAUACCUGGCAGACAUCUUCACCACUUGCGUGGACAUCCGCUGGAGGUGGAUGCUAGUUAUCUUCUGCCUGACUUUUAUCCUCUCCUGGCUUUUUUUUGGCUGCGUGUUUUGGUUGAUUGCGCUGUUGCAUGGGGAUCUGGAGAAUCAAGAAAAUAACAAACCUUGUGUCUCUGAAGUGAGCAGCUUCACCGCAGCCUUCCUGUUCUCCAUUGAGACCCAGACGACGAUCGGCUACGGCUUCAGGUGUGUCACAGACGAGUGCCCCAUCGCAGUUUUCAUGGUGGUUUUCCAGUCCAUCGUAGGCUGCAUCAUUGAUGCCUUCAUCAUUGGUGCUGUCAUGGCAAAGAUGGCUAAGCCAAAAAAGAGAAACGAAACUCUAGUCUUCAGCCACAAUGCCGUGGUGGCCAUGAGAGACGGAAAACUCUGCCUGAUGUGGCGUGUUGGAAACCUGAGGAAAAGCCACUUGGUGGAGGCGCAUGUGCGAGCGCAGCUCCUCAAAUCCAGGAUCACGUCAGAAGGGGAGUACAUCCCUCUGGAUCAAAUAGACAUCAACGUAGGGUUUGACAGCGGGAUAGACCGCAUAUUCCUGGUCUCCCCGAUUACAAUAGUACAUGAAAUAGAUGAAGACAGUCCUUUGUAUGACUUGAGCAAACAAGACAUGGACAACGCUGACUUUGAAAUUGUAGUAAUAUUAGAGGGCAUGGUGGAAGCUACUGCCAUGACUACUCAGUGCCGUAGCUCCUAUCUGGCGAAUGAAAUCCUCUGGGGCCACCGCUACGAGCCUGUACUCUUUGAAGAGAAAAACUACUACAAAGUGGACUACUCCAGGUUCCACAAAACAUAUGAAGUGCCCAACACACCCAUUUGUAGUGCCAGAGACUUAGCAGAAAAGAAAUACAUCCUCUCUAACGCAAACUCCUUUUGCUACGAGAACGAAGUGGCGCUCACCAGCAAAGAGGAGGAGGAGAUUGACACUGGGGUGCCUGAAAGCAUGAGCACAGACACCCACCCGGACAUGGACCACCACAACCAAGCAGGGGUGCCUCUAGAGCCACGGCCGCUACG